AGAUCGGAUGCGUUUGAUUCGCGAUCUCCAUGGAACCACGGGCCAAAAAAUUAACCGUCUGCCGUCGUCGCCAUCUCAGUUCAUACUAACAAAAAUUGUAAUUGUGAUUGCCGCUGUUAGUCCGUUUCCUUGCUUUGCGCUGCUGACAGUUGUUUGUUGUGUUAAAGUUUCGCGCGCGCUAAACAAGUUUGGAAGCAUUCAGAUGUCUUGUCGUCGAGCGGAGCACGUGACGUGGACCUUAACGCGGGCGUAAGACGCCGGAAGGGGGUCGAUCCCUGCGGUGCGCGUAUUUUGUUUUGAUUUCUCCGCGUUUGUAGCUUUGUAUUCGUUUUAUGUUGUGUUGUUUCGCUUGUGUUGUGAAUUUGUGAGAAGCCUCUGGGUUGUUUACGAAAAUCAACUAUAAAAAUAAACGCAAAAGUUGACACUUUUUGCUUUUCAAAUAACAGCCAACAAAUCGUGUGUUGUAACCAGGCAAAGUGCUUAUUGCUUGACAACUAAGACCCACAAAGGCUAAAAAGUGUUACACGAAAGACCUCAUAAUUGAUCCGCAUUAAAUUUAUCAAAUAAAUUUCAGACUAAAGCCCUAAAAAAUUAUAUAAAAAAUGUCUGAGAGCAAGAUUGCGACAUGAAGCUGCGCGUAUAAAGUCGAUAAACCGUUAAGAGCACUUUGCAAAAUAAUCCUAUCCAAAAACAAUUAAUGGAACUUAGUGAUAAUAUUUACAAUACAACAACUUAAAUAAAGCGUAUUCAAAAAUCAAAAACCAACAGCUUCUCUGAGCUACUGUGAACAUCUGAACUACAUAAAUAUAUACAUACAUACCCACCUUAUGUACACACGUAUGUAAAUAAGUAAAUAAGAAAGCAACACAGAAGACAAAAGCAUGUCCGAGCUGCAAGUUAUCUCCACAAAUUACACAACCACCUCCAAAGACACACUGGAGCUGUUCGAACUGCCACAGAAUUAUUCCGUACUCAUUAAUAAGUUAGAACGUCUGGCGCUAGGUCUGGACUCAGCCUUAGGCAAUUUCUCGUUGGAUCGGAAAGAAAUUGAAGUGGCUGUGGGCGGUUCAAACGAAUUUCUGGACCCGUUUAGUGGUCCAGCGGCGGGCGGUCAUAUACAGCCGCCCCGCAGCGCAUACAGCCAUCAUGAGACCGAAAUACCGUUGGUCGUGAGUGACAUUUGGAUCGGAGUCAUACUGACGCUGCUCAUUGUAUCGGUUAUUUUCUUCAUUUGUUCCUGCUUUCUUUACCACAAAUUCCAAGAGUGGAAGAAUUCAUAUCGGACAAAUCCUGAACCCUUGGAGAUAUGUCGACACUACCCACCAAAUUACGAGGUGGAAUCCCUUCCGUCUUAUACCAUUGUCUCAGGGUUGCCAACCUACGAUGACGCUUUAGAAGAGUUUCGAAAAGCGGGCAUUAUUCUAACUCCACCCAUGCCAGUAGUGAAGAUAUUCGAAAAAGAUCCAGCGGCCGCUGACAACACGGGCAAAGAGAAUCAAAUUUUCAAUAUGGAAAACGGCGUGGGUACCGACAACGACAACGUCUCAGUAACUUCGACCUGCACCUGUGGAGCGGCAAACAAUGCAAACUCUAACAAUCCAAACCCGAUAUACACGGUGCCAUCGCCACUUGCACCACAAGUCAUCGAACUAUCACCCGAACAAUUGGCGGCACUGUCACAAAAACGCCUUUCGUUACAAAUAACCUUUAACAAUUCCGUGCGUCGCAAUUCCCGCCCCCGUGGUAUCGAUCUCUAUCGCCAGGUGAAUCGUAAUAACUUGCUGCGCUCACAAGCUGUUGCUGCCGCCGCUGCUGCCCGCGACGGGUUCCCACAAAUUCACCGCUCAUCUUCGACGCUGACUUUGUCCAAUGAACCGAAUAUGUUGGAUCGACAUCUUAUGCAACACCUGCAGCACCGAGGCUCUCUCUAUUGAGUCCCUGAGAAGAACUGCAUUCGUUGCAAAUUCGUCGCCAAGACGAUACCAUUUUAACUAUACUUUUACGAAUAUAAAUCAUUAUUGAACUGUUGAAUAUACUUACUUGUGUACACACACGUUAAUACGUGAAAUGUAAAAAAUUCUCUUACAAUUAGUAUUUUAAAUGUAGAUAUGAAUAUUUAGUUUAAAGCAACUGUAAAAACAUAUGCACAUAAUUAUGUAGAUGUAAUACUGUAAAAAAUCAGUUAAUAAACAUUAUACAAAUAUGUAUAUUACUAUAAGAA